UCUAUUCUCAGCAUAGGUUAAAAUUAGAACUAGACUGACGCUGCGCUGGAGUCUGAGUGAGAGUUCUAAAUGGUUUUGGUAGUACAGACAAGAUUUGUAAUUUAUCUCUGCUCUUGCCCAGAAAGCAAUGAGCCACAGAAAAUCCUUAGAAACACCAAAUAAUUGAGGAAAACGUGUAUUAAUUAUCUCACUAAGGAAUAGAUGACUUCAAAACUUUGGGCUGAAUUUUUUUUUUUAAUGUGGAUCGUGACACUCAGCAGGGCUACAAGAAGAUUCAAAGAGAGAUCUGAAGAAUUUAAAAAGCCUUUUCUUAAAGACUGAAUCUGAACAUGUAAAGAUCAUGACUGAAACUGCAGUUUGUGUCGGAACAUUCACUGCUGUGAAGACACUUUGGGAAGUGAGAAUACACAAGAUAAAUGAAGAAUUACAGAAAGAAAAGGAAUUCAGAGAGAGGUCUGCAGGAAGGCUACUACUUGUCUGGGAGGAGAGAGCUGCUUUAGCAAAGCUCAAAGAAAAAGUUAUUAACAAAGAUGGAAGAGCAAUUUUGAGGAUAGAGGAAGAAGAAUGGAAGACACUACCUUCGUGCUUACUGAAACUAGUCCAUCUCCAGGAAUGGCAGCUUCACAGAACUAGUUUGCAGAAAAUUCCUCAGUUCAUUGGAAGAUUUCACAAUCUUGUUGUUCUGGAUCUAUCCCGGAACUCAAUUGAAAGUGUACCUAAAGAAAUUGGCCAGCUGACUAGCCUCCAAGAGCUGCUUCUCAGUUACAACAGAAUAAAGUCUGUUCCUAAGGAAAUAAGUAACUGUGUCAGUCUGGAAAGAUUGGAACUGGCUGUCAACAGGAGUAUCUGUGAUCUUCCUCCUCAGCUCAGUGAUUUAAAGAAGCUUUCACACAUAGAUUUGUGCAUGAAUCAGUUUACUACCAUCCCUUCAGCUCUUCUCAACAUGCCAAAUCUAGAAUGGUUAGAUAUGGGGGGAAAUAAACUCCAGGAGCUUCCUGAUGCAAUUGACAGAAUGGAAAAUCUCCACGCUUUAUGGCUCCAAAGGAAUGAGAUAAACUCUUUGCCAGAAACCAUUAGCAAUAUGAAAAAUCUUAGUACUCUUGUUCUUAGCAACAACAAACUUAAGGAUAUCCCAGCUUGUAUGAAGGACAUGACAAAUCAGAGAUUUGUCAACUUCAGAGACAACCCACUGGAGUUGAAGGUAACACUCCCUCCAUGUGAGAACACAGAAGAGGAGGAGCAACAGGAAAUGUUCGGCAUUGAAUUCAUGCACAUGUAUAUCCAGGAGUCACUCAAGAAAACAGGAAAUCUGGAAAGUUGUACUUCUGGUCCUUCUCCUAUCAUAAAUGCUAAUGAAUAAAGAAUGUAACUGUGAAUGG